AUGGCGAAGAAGGGUAAGUUAUCAAAGGGUCCCAAGGCCGGCGCCGCGAACCGUGGCCAGAAAAAAGGCCAGGGGGCACUUCGGCCGGGCUCGGCGCUGAAGCACUCGAAUGCUUCGGCAAAGCCGGGGCGGACGGGGCCCAAGGGCGAGACCCGAGUCCGGAAGCAGGGCAGCCACCUGCGCUCUGAAGGCACCAUCAAGCGACUGCAGCUCUACAACUCCAAGCCGGACUUGAAGCGCCGCAAGGAGCAGGCGCUGAAGCCUGUGCGCAUCCAGCCGGACCGGCGCUGGUUCGGAAAUACCCGCGUCCUUGCCCAAGACAAGCUGCAGAGCUUCCGCGAGACCAUCGCCAAGGGCGUGGAGGACCCCUUCGCCGUGGUCCUAAAGAGCUCGAAGCUUCCCAUGUCCCUGCUUCGUGAGACCGAAGCCAAAGCUUCACGCAUGGACCUGCUCUCCGUGUCUCCUUUCCAAGAGGUCUUCAGCAAGCGGCGGCAGCAGAAGCGGGCCAAGAUUGGAGCGACGGACCUGGAAGGGUUCUUGGAGGCGGCCAACAAGAAGGCUGAAGGCUACAACAACGGCAGCGACCGCCGUGCCUUGGUGGACGCUGCGGGGCAGGAGCGAGCUGAGGAGGCAGAGGGCCAUGUGGGUGAGGAGAUCUUCAACAAAGGCACUUCCCGGAGAAUUUGGGCGGAGCUCUACAAGGUUGUGGAUGCAGCGGACGUCUUGGUCUUCGUGCUGGAUGCCCGGGAUCCCAUGGGCACCCGUUGCCAGCAGUUGGAAAGAGAGCUUCGGAAAAGCCGACAACACAAACACAUCGUGUUGUUGGUGAACAAGGUGGACUUAGUGCCCACUUGGGUGACACGCCGCUGGGUCCAAGAGCUCACCAAAGACUUCCCCACUUUGGCUUUCCACGCGUCCAUCACCAACCCUUUUGGCAAGAAUGCCCUAUUAAACCUGCUACGCCAGUUUGGGAAUCUUCUCAAGGAGAAGAAACACGUGACCGUGGGGAUGAUCGGCUACCCCAACGUCGGCAAAUCCUCAGUGAUUAACGCCUUGAAGCGGAAGAAGGUGUGCAAAGCUGCACCAGUACCUGGCGAAACCCGAGUUUGGCAGUACAUUGCCCUCACCAAGAAAAUCUAUCUGCUCGACUGCCCCGGAAUCGUGCCACCUUCGCAGAGCGACUUUGCCGCCGACUGUGCAAAGGUGCUGAAGGGCGUGGUGCGAGCAGAGCGCCUGAAGACGCCUUCUGACUACAUCCACGAGGUCUUGGGGCGCGUGAAAAAGGCAUAUUUGCUUCAGCGAUAUCGGCUUCCGCUGGACACCACCUGGCGUGACAGCGAGGAGUUCUUGACCUUGCUGGGGAAGAAGAUGGGGAAGUUGGUGAAGGGUGGCGAAGCCGAUAUUGACACGGCAGCUCGAAUCGUGCUCUACGAUUGGCAGCGCGGUCGGAUCCCCUACUUCACAGCCCCUCCUGAGGCACCGACGGAAGGGACAGAGGAGCCUUCGACGGCUCAAGAAACAGGGGAGAAGGGAGAAGAGAUUGCCGGCCAGUCCCUGGCUGCUUUGGGUGAAAUCCCCUGUGCACACGCUUUUGAUGAUGAGGACCGGCGAGGCGAGGAGCCGGCUGCCAGCUGCGCGGCUGGCAGUGCUGGCAGUGCUGGCAGUGCUGAAGAGCCAUCGGCCACCAAGCCACCGGUUGCCCAGAAGAGGGCCGGCACUCAGGUUUCGUCCAAGCUUCGAAAGCGAAGAAAGGCAAAAGGUGGGACUGGGAGGUGUAACAGGGAAGCAGAUGCGCAUGCUGCGCCUCUCCCAGGGACAGCAGACUGGAAGGCAGUGGUGGCCGAAUUUGGCUGA